CCUACAUCAGUGUUGUAUGUUCUGUGACAGAAGCCCCAUCACCCCCUUGCUGCCAGGCCCAGCACCCACCCAGAAAUGAGACUCACUUUCUUCACCUUCCUAUCCUUCGGGAUCCUGGGGCUAUGCCUGGCUACCACUGAACAACAAGUAAGAUGGUGUGUCAUAUCAGAAAAUGAACUGAAGAAAUGUAAUGAAUUAAAAGAGGCCCUGAAGACCAUCAACGUUCCCAAUUUAGCCUGUAUCAAGAAAACCUCCCACAUGGAUUGUAUCAAGGCCAUCGCAGAAAAUGAAGCUGAUGCUCAGACUGUCGAUGGUGGUUUGAUCUACGAAGGAGGUCUUGUUCCCUAUAAUCUGAAACCCAUCGUUGCUGAAGACUAUGGCAACUUCCUGUAGCCUGGGCUGCAAAUG